AUGGUAUUGUUUGGUAAUUCUUUGCGUCAGAGAAAAAAAGCCGCUAAUCAGAUAUCCACCGAAUUUGUACAACAAAUUCUUGACAAGUGCCCAUCACUACUAAAGAAACCCAAUGCCAAAGGUGAAAUCCCACUACACGUCGCUGCCAGGUUUGGUCAUGGUAACAUAGUUCAACUUCUUAUCGAAACUGCAAAAGCCGAAGAGAAAGGCCUAGAGAAUGGUAUCGACCCGGAAAAGCAGAUGACCCUCAACCCUCAUCUUGCGUCAAUAGUGACCAAGACGCCACUGUACAUUGCAGCUAGGCGAGGAAAUCAUAAGUUGGUGGCUUUGGUAUUAGAUAAAUCCGACGCGGCAGUUCAUAUUCAUCGAGGCCCCUGUGGGAGAACUGCUCUGCAUGCUGCAGCUAUGGCUCUUAAAAAUGAAUGGAUUUCUCGAACUACAAGGGUAAUAUUAAGGAAGGGAAAGAAUUUGGUAAAAUCGAGAGAUGAGAAUGGACGGACUCCCCUCCACUAUGCUGCACAUUUGGGUUGCACUCGAAUGGUAGAGCUGUUGUUGGAAUGCGAUGAAUCAGCGGCCUGUGAAAUUGAUGAAGAUGAAAUGACAGCCCUUCAUAUGGCAGCCAGGAAAGGCCAUUUACAGGUAAUGUGGAAGAUUAUCAGUUAUUGUCCAGAAUGCUGCGAAAUUGUGGACAAAAGAGGAUGGAACUUUCUUCACUUUGCGGUUGUUUCUUUACCUCGGGUAACUCUACCCCGAUUCCUAAGAGCUGACCGUUUUAGAAGAUUUUUACAUGAAAAAGACAUCCGUGGAAACACCCCUCUCCAGGUGUUGGCUGCUUCUCGCCAAUUUAAUUCUAAAAUGGCACUCAUCUUUAACGAUGAUAGAGAAACGGUUAGAUCGGAGAACUUGGAUUCCAAGAAAAAGGAACAUAUCUUAGAAUUAUUAAAAGAAGUGGGCCAUGGAGAAGUAGCUGGUUCAUCGGUUCAUCCCGUCCGUCAGAAUAAGUUUGACGACGAGUCAACUGUUAAAGCAAGAGAGGUUCAUGCAGUGGUGUCAGCACUCGUCGCCACCACAGCAUUCGCAGCAGCAUUUGCCCUACCCGGUGGUUACAAGAGUGAUAAAGGUGAUCAUGACCGGGGCUCGGCAACUCUGAGUCAUGAGCGGGCUUUCGUAGCAUUUGUUAUUGCAGAUAGCGUUGCCAUGAUCUCCGCCUUAAGUUCAGCAGUUGUCCUA